AUGUCUGCGCCUGUGAUUGAAUUGGACGUCGGAAAAGUCCGUGGAAAGUCGGAAAAAGUGGCUGGAAUUGAGGUGGAAAGCUACUUCAAGGUCCCGUUUGCCGAACCUCCGGUUGGGGAAUUGAGGUUGGAAGUGAGUUUUGUUUGCCGUAAAGAUGAUUAUGGCAAUUUUUGAGCUUUUGAAAUUUGUUUGAUCUAUGACUUUGGGCCAAUUUUUUAGAAGCCAGUCCCAAUUAAGGCGUGGUCUGGGACCUUGGAUUGCCUGGAGCACCCAAAAGCCGCGAUCCCGCUGAUUGCCCCAAACUUGAAUGGAUUGUCCGAGGAUUGCCUUUAUUUGAAUAUUUUUCGACCAAAAAAUCGACCGGAUGCGAAAUGCCCGAUAUUUUUUAUGGUCCAUGGAGGUGGUUUCGAGUUCGGAAAUUGCAUGCGAUACGCGAAUAUCGAGGAAAAUGCGAAGAAAUUCUUGAGCAAAGGGAUCAUCAUGGUCGCCAUUCAAUAUCGACUGGCUGUAUUGGGUAAUUGAAAUUGAAUUUUUUAUCGAAAUUUAGGCGAAAAUUUUGUGAGGACUGUAAAGAAAAUCAUUUUUUUUUUUGAUGUUAAAACUUUUGUUAUCUGAGACUAAAUAGGGUAUAGAUAAAUUUUCUGAAAAUUUUAGCUCUGGGUUUGAAUUCAGAGCUGAGAUAUUCAACGAAUUUUUUUAGAGAGAGUAUAAAAAAUGAGGAGAGUCGGACAGACAAAAAAAAGUAUUUUUGGCUAUAAAUUGGACGUAUUGCGAUUAAAAAUUUGUUUUUUGGGGUAAUUUUGUAAUCUUUAUUUUGAACAGAUACUGAAUUUGCCCGAACUUAAAAAAAAAUCUAUUUUUUGGUCGAAAUUUUGACAAAAAAUCGACAGUUUUUUUUGAGAUCUCAGGCUUGAAAAGCCAUUGUCUAUUGCAGGUUAUGAAUACAUUGUUCCUACAAAAAAAAAUUUUUUCGUCCAGGCUGAAGAGAGUUUUAGCCGAAACUCUUUUUCUCUGUCUGGCCGGGCUCCUCAUUUUCCAUACUCUCUCGAAAAAAACGAUUGUUGUAUAUCUCCGCUGCGGUUGCAAAGUGGGAGCAAAAAUUUUCAGGGAUUGAUUUGUGGCCAAUUUAAGGCAUGAAUAAAAAAUUUUGAGAAAUCGACUGGUCGAUUUUUAAGAUAGCCAACUUGUAAUUUGAAAAAAAAAAUUUUUGAAUUUUUUGAAAUUUCGUUUAAUUUGGUGUUAUUUUGGAUCAAAAUUAUAUUUUUUAUCAUUAAAAAUUAUUUUGAGAGUCGAUGAAACAAAAUUUUUCCAAUUUUUCCCCAAUUUCAGGCUUUGCCUCCGACCCUUCGGACCCCUCUUUGAACGGAAAUCUCGGACUUUUUGAUCAAGCGACCGCCCUCGAUUUUAUUCAUCGGAACGCCGAAGCCCUUGGCGGAGACCCCUCCAGAAUCACGGCGUAUGGAUGCAGUGCCGGAGGCGUUUCCGUCUCAUAUUUAUUAUUAUCACCGCUAACUCGAGACAAAUUGGCGGCCGGAAUUUCGUUGAGUGGAAGUGGAUUAGCGGUUUGGGCGAAUUGUGAAAAAGUCAAGGAAAAGACGGUUGCAUUGGCCAAGGCGUUGGGCCAGAAAGAGGGCGAGAGUUGCAAGGAGGUGAUCAAAAAAGCAACGGUGGAGGAGAUUUUUGCAGCGUUGAAGAAAAUUGUGAGUUGGAAAAAAAAUUUUUUUGGGUGAAAUUUUAUGUGUUGUUUUAGGUUCAAAUUGUAGUGAAAUUUUGAAAAAAUCGAAAAAAAUAAAAAAAAAUUUUUUUUUGAUGAAAUUUGGCAAAGAUUUUGAUAACGAUCUUUUUUUUAGGUAUAACACAAAAUUUUGACUUGUCCGUUGCAGAAAAAUUGAAGUUUUUUGGUCGAAAAUUGCCAAAAAUUCGGAUAAAAAUGAAAUUUUUUCAUUUGUCAUUGCGAAGUUUAUUCGACGGGGUUCCUUGCAAUGUUUAUAUUUUAUGAAAGCCGGGUUUUUACUCUACUUCCAUGCCAAAUUUUAGCCUUCUAGCUCAAACGACUAGCGAGAUAUGAAGAGAGAAAGCAAACGCAUUCCGAAAAAAAUAGAAAAAGUCGCGGCGAUCGGUUGUGUCCCAAAAGUACCGAAUGCCGUGCGGAGCGAACAACGUUUCUACGAAAAACUGAUUUCCCCUGGACGUAUUUUACCAAAAAUAGGCGUUACUCGUCUUUCUCUCUCCGUCUCUCCUCAUUUUCCGUAGUCUCUCGUCUGCAGAGACUGUUGAAUAACUUGGCUACGCCUGAAAUGUAGGAGCUGAAAAUUUUAGGGCUUGAUUUAUGGCCCAUAUAGAUCAUCGAUGAAAAUUUUGAAGAAGAUCUGAGAUUUCUCCUCCGACAUAUUGACCUAGUUCAAUAUGAUGACUUUUUGAAAAGUUUUUGCAAAAAAUUUUUUUUUCUUUGACUUUUUUUCGGUUUUAGGAGUUCAUGAAGUCAAAUAAGUCUUUUCUGAAGGACUUGGAUUUUUGAAAUUAUUAUUUGAAUUUAUUUUUUUCAUGUUUUAGGGCAUCACAUACGACAAUCAAAAUUUUACCACAUUUGGCCCUCGGAUCGAUGGCGAAUAUUUUCCCAAGGACAUUCCCGAACUCAUAUCUGAAGCGCCGAAAAAACCGUAUGUAAUGGGUUGCACUACGCAGGAAUCACUUCUUUGGAGUAGGUUUUAUAUUACACUAGGUUACCAAGCUAAUUUUUGAUAUCAAAAAAAUUUUUUUAACCUCUCAAAAUCCUUUUCUAGCCCUUCUUUCUGCUUCAAAUGAUGUCUACCACACCAUGGGGAUUCCGGAUUCGAAACGGGCGACUUUCGGAAAGCCGGAUUUAAUAAAGCUCGCGGAAAAGUUGGCCAAGCCGGUAGACCCGUCAAAGACGCCGAUAGAAUUGAUGAUUGAGGAAUAUUCGAACCGAGAGGGCGAUAAAAACAAUGUUUUCUACAUGAAUCAGUACACCAGCAUCUACUCGGAUCUCCAGUUCAAUAUCCCUAUUUUACUCGAAUUAUGGCUCAAAACUCUGGCUGGCUGGACUGUUUUUGCGUAUAAAAAUGAGUAUGCGAAUGUGAAAUUUUUCCCGGAAGAUUGUCCAAUACACGGUAGGUGGAUUUUAGAGGAGAGUUUCGGGGAUUUAUAUUACAUAUACUUGGCCUUGGUCAUGGAUAACAUAAUAAAAAUUUUUAUUUGACGGUUAUGGAUGUAAAAUAGGUUUUAGAAAAAUAAGUGAAAAGCUAGGACCCUAAUUUGAGUAAUAUAAUUUAAUUUUCGAGCGCUAAAACAGAAUGCCAAAAAUGGCGAGAAAUUUUGAAUUCGAAUUUUGAAGUUUGAUUUUGUCCAGGAACUAGUUGUCUGGGUAGAAUAUGGUUUCUUGUGGUGCUGAUUUAAAUCUGAGGAAAAAUUUUUGACAUGUUUUGUAUUGUACUUGACAUUAGUCAUGAAUAAUAUAAUAAAUGUUUUUGUGGAUGAAAUAAUAGGGUAAAAUACGUUUACCAGGGAAAUUCAACCAUUUGAAAAAUAUUUUUGGCCACAUUUUGUCAAUUUUGAAGUCCUAGAACACAAUGCCAAAAUGGCGGGAAAUUUGAGAAUUUGAAUUUUUGGGCUCAAUUUGGCCUGGAAGUAACUCAAAUAGAUUAAUAUUGAUUUGUAGAGAUAUUUAGUUAAUUCUAAUUUAAUUUCAGUGAGCUAUCACGGGCUGGAUCAACGUUACUUCCUCCAAGGCUAUGGCUACUCUCAACCCGAAUUUUUUAGUCCUGAUGACCGAAAAGUGGAGAAUUUAUUGGUUGAUUCGAUUGUAAAUUUUAUCAAUACUGGGUGAGUGGGAAAAAAUAAUAAAUUUUAUUCUAAAAUACGAUUCUUUUUUUCUUUUUUUUCCAAAAAGAGCAAAAUUAUCGAUUUUUUGCCUAAUUUCCGAAAAAUUACUGCACUUUUUACCAUUGAAUUAUAUUUAUAAUACUUUGCUUUUAGUAAUCCAUCAUCUGAAACCUUAACUUGGCCGCACACAACCCCAGAAGAGCCUUUCAAACACGCCAAAAUCCAUCCCCAGCCCGAAAUUCAAACGGAUUUCUUCCGUGACAGCCUCAAAUUUUAUGCAAAUUUGAUGACAAAAUACGAUUAUGAUCUACCGAGAUUACUGAAGACUCCAGUGGAGCAAUUGGAGAAGAAAUAUCAAUUAAAAAGAUUGUUGAAAAUUUUGUCGAACGUGAAGAAAAUUGGUGGGAAAUUGUAAAAUUUUAUACUAGUUUUCAUAUUUAUAAAAGAGUGAUAUUGUUGGUUGAAUAAACGUACUUAUAAGUUUUUUUUUGAUAAAUUGAGUGAAAACGUAAUUUUCGAUAAUUACAGAAAAGUUUUGACAAGGAAAGUACUUUUAUGGGGGCUCCUGCUUUUUGACGGGACAUAUCUCAAAAAAUCAGAAAAAAUGUGCUGAUCAAGGAUAUAUAGAUCUUAGCUGCCCAUUUUAGGUUUUUAGGGGUGAAAACUCAAUCGGAAGUUGACUUAAAGUCCUAUAUGAACCCCUUUUCGCCUAAUUUUUCACGGGUUUACAAUUUUUAUUUUGGCUUAAAAUGAUGUUUAUUGAGUUUCUAAGACGUAAUAAAUCAGUCUUGGCCCAAAAAUUUAUUUUUCAGACCCGUGCGGAGUCCUACCUCUUGAUUCCCAGACUACGGCACUAACCACUCGGCCACACCGCUCUCUUUCGAAGGAAGAGACCGACUGCGCUUUUUAUCGUUUCGAAUGCCCGCGCCUUUUGCAGGGAAAUUAAGCCAGUUUUUGGGCAUUUUCACCCCUAAAAACCCAAAAUGGGCAGCUAAGAUUUAUAUAUCCUUGAUCAGCACAUUCUUUCUGAUUUUUUGAGUUAUGUCCCGUCAAAAAGUAGGAGCCCCCAUAAAAGUACUUUCCUUGUGAGGAAAAGGAUAAUUUUAAUUAAAAGCUUUUUACAGGGUACUUCAAGGAUUCAGAUUUUAUUUAUAAUAAUUUGUGCGGCUAUUGACUCCAUUUUUGACAGAAUACAUAAAUAAAGUUAAGAAAACUGUAGCCAAAACGCGUUUUCCCAUCGAUUCUGUUAUUGUUGCCAACUUUCUCACAAUCAGAAAAAAGUUUGUUGAAUAUUUCGGCUCUCAUUGCUAGAAGAUAACCAAAAUUUUCAAGACACAAUUUAUAGCCGAUUAAAAAUAGACAAGAACUGUUUCAUAGAAAUCAUGGUGCUACAGACUGGGAAGUCGACAUUGUUUCAUGCUUAGUGGUCUAUAUUCACAAAAAAUAUACUAUAAAAUCUCUGUACAAAAGCUCACAGGGGACCAAAAGUCUUGUUUUUAUAACAAAAUGAACAAAGGUUCAUUGGUAAUACAAAAGUUUCGUUUUUCGAUCCAUUUUGGCCUCAAACGACACUUGUGACUUCUAAAAUUGUUCGUUAUGUACAUGUUUCAUUGUACAGGAGUUCGUUGCGGACAAAUUGCCACUGUAUGUUUUUGACGCCAAAAAAUCAAAAUAAAGAAGCAUUUUCGUUACAUAACAUCGAGCAGAAUAUUAAUUUAAAAAAUGUUUCCCAUAAUAUAUAUUACGCAAGAAAUCAAGCGCAGGUGGACCAUUUUUCUGCUUAUUCGUCCAUCCCUCGCCUUGCGGUUUGCGAGGGAAAAAAGCGAACGGAGAGAAAAAGCGAAAGGGUGGCCACUUUUUAGGUUCCUCUUUUAUUGAACGGCGAGGGGGGCAUAGGGAUAAAAAAGAGAAAGGAAUAUUUCCAAAAAGAAUUUGCUUGAUUUUAUGGGCAAUACUUUUUUUGGCCUUUCGGGUACCUUUAGACAAGAAAAAUAAGAAAAUAAUUUUGUAUUUAUAAACAGGAGAACAUUUUUGCUUUCUUUUUAUUUUUAUAUUUUUUAAUAUUGAGAAAUUUGCAAAAAUUUUGUUUGUUUAUGAUUUUUACUUGAUUUAUUAUAAUUCAUUGGGUUAGGAAUAUAUUUUUUGGGGUGAUAAUCAAAAUUUUUAAUUGAUAAUAGUUUUUAAAAGUGUAAAUAACAUGUCCGUCCAUAAUAUGAUGUUAUAUUAGGUAGGUUUUGAGAGCCCGUUCGAAUAUGACUGAUUCUUAUUCUUUCCAUAAUUUAUAUGUACAUAACUAAUAGUAGAUUUUUUUCUCUAUCCGUUAUUUAUGCAUUUUUUAAAUCCAUGAAAUUCGCGAUUUGUUUUUUUCGAGUUUAUCCUUUUAUGUACUGCUUUAAUAAUACUUCUUUAUAUAGUAAAUAUACUAUGAUUUUUACCAUGUAAAUAAUAUAUUUUUAUUGCCCUUUAUUAACAUAUAUUACUGAUAUACUAUCAUUUUUUUAUAAUAUUUAUGACAGAUUUUAUUACAAAUAAUAAAAUUAACAGCAGAACUAAGCCUGAACGUAAUGGAAAAAGCCACUUUUGUUUUUUUUCAUACAGAGAAGAUGGUUCAUUUUUGGGAGCCAUAUAAGACCGUUUUAAGCCGCCAAAGACUUGUAGUUUUUUCGAUUUUAGUAUUAAAAAGCUGCCUAAAUUACUAAAGUAAGCAAUGCCGAGAUCGAAGAUCAAAAGUUUCAAUAUACGGUGGAAAAUUUUAAACAGUGACAACCCGAUAAUUGAGUUGGUCUGGCAAAGAUUAACACAAAAAAAUGCAUAAACCUUGCAGACCACAUCAUUAUAGACGAAGCCGUAAAUCAUCGAGCUGCGAGGCAAUUUUUAGAUGACAAAAAUAAAAAUAUAACCCGAAGGGCGAAAAACGGAAAAAACAAUUAAAAUAAAAAACCUCUGACGAGUUCUUUACACGAUUUUUAUAAAGGUAAACCCAUAUAAACAGAAAAACAUGCUGUACACAAUUUAUAUAUGUACGUAACCUAUUGCUCCUUGUAUAAACAGGGAAAUGACGUAAAAAAUAUAAAUCAAGCUGGAUGUUAACUCUAUACGAUAAACUAUGCACAAGAAGUAUAUAUCUCACGCAAAAUGAGAAUAUCUUUAUGGCUUGACCACAAAGAUUGCUGAGUUCUUAGCCAAAAUUUACGCAAUGAUUUAGUAUCAUUUUAACAUGAACCAUAUAUAAGGAAAAAAUAUUGGUAAAACAAACUCAAUAGAUAGUGUCGUAAAUAACAUACAAACAACCAUUAUUAGGUGAAACCCGAUUGUAGAUGAUUACCGUUUCGUAGCCGGACGUAAAAAUCUACGAAUUGGAUGGAUCCGUUUGCGACACGGACGGAUACCAUGUGGUAACGAAGACUUGCUAUUUUUAGUAGAAGGCUUUCAAUAUAACUUCGCAAAAAUAUGCGAAUGCAAAAAGGCUAUAUAUAGCAACGAUCAGAAUUGGUAGUUGGGAUGAGUAGUGCAAAGGGCGUAAAAUGCGCAACAACCGGGUUUAAUGGUGCGUCUUAAGAAAUACCGAUCUAUUUUUGGAAUCCAUCCAAAAAUAGACAAGAGAGAUCACGUCGUCGAGGAUUGCCCCAGUCGUGAUUGUACCACUUGUCUUUCGGAUCACCAUUCGUUUAUUUGUCUGAAAUUCGUACCAUUUGCAAUGCCUCUGUCAAAUCUGUCGUGCUUACGGCCGGAAAUGUACUAUUUGUAACUUCAACAUGGAACCUGAUCUUCGGACACUUCCACGCGACGAACGAUAUAUGACUCAGACAGUGACCUCAGUAUUAGCUCGGACAUGAUUCGAGACAUUAAUAGCGUAAAAUGCGCAACAACCGGUUUUAAAGGUGCGUCUUAUGAAAUACCGAUCUAUUUUUGGAAUGCAUCCAAAAAUAUAGACAAAACCACGUGCCUUUUUUGGUUCUUUUGGUUGCCCAAUGACGUGUUUUCAGUGCGUAAAACCAUCGGAGCUUAACAUCAAAGCGGCUAGGUAUUUUACUAUACUUUCAAUAUAAGCCAAUAUUUAUGAGAAAAAUAAGUAAAUUCAGAGAGGCUAGUAAUAAUCGGCAGUUGUUAGUUGCACUGACUCGAGCAAAACGCGUAAAAAAGUUCCACAACAGAUGUUGCAUGUGGCAUAGACAAUAGAUUUUUUCUAACAAAGAAAGCGUAAGAUUCUUGUGGAAAAAAUAACCAUGCUAGAGUCGACGUAAGAGAAAAUAGAAUAGAAUUUUUGAUGAUUAUGACACCGGGAGGUUCCUCGCGGAGCGUGCGGAACAGCUAGCCUUGCCGCAUACGUUUGUGGCCCCGACUAACGCGCUGGAAAUAAAUCUACAAAUCCAACAAAUCUUCCUUCUCGACCAGGUAGAUAGCGAUCUAUUUCUGGCCUACCCGCCUCGCCAGCCUAACCCAACCCCAGUAACGGACGUCGUAUUAAUCAACAUCGUAAGCGAAUGUCGCCCAGACGUCGUAUCUCAUCUGGCCUUACCAUACUUCGGAACUGGCUCAUCCACCGAGCUCCACAUAAUCACAAUGGCGGUACACCGUCCAACCAGAGAACUCUACAGGAGCCUGCUACUGAAGAAACCGAAGAGGAAACCAAUCCUUUAUCAAGGAAUGACCCUCCAAGGAAUCAUGGAGGACAAUACGACAUCCUUCGGGAGUGUCUCCAAAAUCGAAUACAGCCCCGCCCACAACUGA